AUUUUUUCACAUUUUAGAAUUUGUAACCCUAGAAUGGCAACAAAAAGAGGUCACAUAGACAUUGAUCCUGAUUAUGAAGAUGUAACCCAGGCUCAGACAAAGAGACAGAAAGUUCUGGAAGAGGAUGCCAAGGAAACGACAAGGAAGAAAAUUGACCUGAUUGUGAGAAAAGAAUUUCAUCAGGAAAUCAAGAACAAAGAAAAAGAGCUGGACUGCAUUGACCAGAGUUUAAGACAUAGUCAGAUGAUGAUGGAUAGGCUGAGAGCGUGUAUCAUAGCUAAUUACUAUGGAGCAGCGGGUCAGCAGAGAUAUAUCAAGGGUGAUCCUCAGCAGACUGCACCCAUACACCCAACAGUCAAGGAUACCCUCGGAAAGCGACCACUUAAUGUCAAGGUCAAAAUGGAACCAAAAAUAGAGGGAGACUCAGCAGAGAGACUGAUUAUGAAGCAGGAACCACAGGACGUGAAAGAGGAGGACAAAAUGAUAAAGGAAGAGCCAUCUGUUGGUGGAAUAACAAAUAGAUCUGAUCGAUUCAAAGUUAAGAAGAGAAUUGUGAUUGGGAAUGUGUCAAAGUAUAUUCCAGUGGACAGAAGAGAUGAGAAUGAUCAAUCAACUCACAAGUGGAUGGUGUAUGUAAGGGGCCCAAAAGGGGAGCCCAAUAUCGAUCACUUUGUGAAAAAAGUCUGGUUUUUCUUACACCCCAGCUACAGACCUAAUGACCUAGUUGAAGUGUCACAACCACCAUUCCAUCUGACACGACGGGGCUGGGGAGAAUUCCCUGUUCGAGUGCAGCUGUACUUUAAGGAUUCAAGGAAUAAGAAAGUAGAUGUCAUUCACCAGUUAAAGCUUGACAGAACUUACACUGGUCUGCAGACUCUUGGAUCUGAAACGGUGAUAGAUGUUGAGCUGGAAAAGGAGAUAGAUAUCAAAUCUUCAAAUAGAGUCACUUGUAAUGGUUCUUCAUCAACUUUGGUGGGGAAGGAGUCAAAUGUAACAGUCAAGGAACAUAUAUCCCCCGUCAAGAAAGAAUUUAAACAAGAACCAAUUUCACCGACAUCAACUGAAUCAAAAACACCCAAUAAAAAUCUCAGCAAAUCAAAAAAUAUUUCUCCAUUUUCUCCAAGCAGCAAGCAAACAAAUAUGACUUUGACUUUGGGAACUCUUGGAUCCUUGACUUCUCAUAGCAUGAACAAAUCUGGCACUGUUGAGGGAGGUCAGGGUAGAGGUCCCAUUAAUGGUUUAAAACAACAGUCUGUUCACAGCUCUACAAGUGACACAGAUGGUCCUGGCUCCAAGAACUCCUCAGAAUUACAGAAAAUGCUUCUCCAAAGUACACCACCAAGUGUAACAAAGACUUCAGUAUCCACGGGAAAUGUUCAGUUGACACACAUAGUUCAAGUCCCUAAAGGAGCACAGAUAAGCAAUACAAGUAAUGUGAAGUCUGCCAACGCAGGAAAAGCAAAUUCGCAGUCCGUAAAAUCUCUACAAAAUUCUAGUACUGGUGUCAGUUCACCAGGAAUUCGCCCACCCUUAGCCAAUCAAAUUUCAGUGCCUUCCAGUCAAGCAACUCUUUCAUCUGCUACCCCAGGGACAACAAGCCCAGCACAGACUCUGUACAUAAGGUGCAAAGACAAUCAGGGAAAUAUAUUCCUUGUGCCUCAUCAUCUCUUAAAAAGUGUUCCUGGUACACCAGGUCAGCCAGUGAAUAACCAGACAGCUAAAGGAACGAUUCCAAGUCCUCAAACAACCCCCACCAAAGGCACUCCACAGACACUAGUUCAUACACACAGCACAAUAGCUGUGGUAAACACUCCCACAAGUACUGUUUCCUCUAGUCCAUCAAAGACUCAAGCUUCCUCUGUAACAGUGAAGCCAGUUGGUCAAAACCAACAAUCUACAGGAGGAAAACCUGUGUUUCAAAAACCUGCAGUGCAAAAUUCUCAGUUGUUAAUCAGGUCCACCAUACCUGUAUCAAAAAGCAAUUUAUCUCCUUUACCUGGUGCUCCAAGUCCAGUCCUCCUGAUAAAAACUGAGGUCAAUCCUGCGAGACCUUUGCUUACUGUUGGACAAUCUACUACUAAAGUACUGGAUAAAAACGGAAAAGAAGUGCCUCAACCAAGUCAGUUACAACUUCAUUUACAGGGACAGAUUUCCCAGAACCAGCUAAAAGUGACCAGUCAAGGGUUAAAGUCAGUGCAACCUGCUGGUAAGAGCAAAGUUAGCAAAAAAGUGGAAACAUUAGCACUCAUCCAAAAAACCGACUGCAAUGUUGAGAACAAAAUUCCUAGCAAGACAUGUCAGUUAGCUUCCUUAUUAAGAGGUGACAUAGCAGCUGCUCAUCGAAAUGCUGUCAAACAAGUCUCAUUGGUGACAGGAUCAAACACACCUUCUACUCAGGUACUGACCAGUCAGAGCACCACGCAUAAUGUCCUAGUGCCAGUGACUGGAGGGUCUCCUAAAGAUACCCCCACCUCAGGGGUAGGGAUAAAACAAACCAUAGUUAAAAACAGUGGAGAUGCUUCAACUUCUGGAACCCAAGGGAUUAAGCUAAUACAGACUCCAGUUAAUGUGCCACCACAAGCUAUCCCAAUUUCAGUGACCCCAAAAACUAUGCAUUCUGUUAUUCUUAUUAACGAAGACACCAAAAAAGUGCCUGGAAUUCAACUUCCUUCCAAAACAAUCAGUGGUAGUCUUUCUACACAGAAAAGUGAAAAGGUGAUGCUCACAUCAAGUGUGAAAACCACAGCUGCUAGAAUGUCACCAUCCACAAACUUAACUAAUGCAACAGUGAAUUUUACCAAACAGGUUUCAAAGACCAGUGAUUUACCUACAGGACAGGUUUCAGGAGGUAAAGAACAAGUAAAGACAGUGAUUGCUAAGAUUGGGAUGCAGACUCUGUUGCUGCAGCUUCCUGUAUCAGAUUCUGAGGCUGUAAACAAAUCUCCGGAAGUGUCAAAAGUCAACAAGCCAGCUCCCAAAAAAGCUGAGAUCCCCUCCAAUGCAGCACUUAUAGAAAGUCUCAAGAAACAAGCAGUAGAAAAAGAGGAGAAAUUAAAGGAGGCAGCCAGGUUGUCAUACAUGGAUAGGAAGCUCGGAUUGCCCAUAAAGAUGGCAGAUUCACAGGAGAAAAGAAUUCACAAGUGGAAGAAAAAAACACCGGAGGAAAAAUUACUAAGUUUCUCUAAGAAACUCCUUCAAGAUGACCCAUUACCAGUGAAAGAUAUUGAUCCACUUUGUAUUGAAAAUUACCCAGAUGUUCAAUCAUUGGUCAGGGCAGCCAUAAAGAGACACCCAAUUGUCUCCCCUUCUGCCAAUAUUCAUCAGCAUCCAUAUUGUGCAAAAACAUUGGAACAGUGGUUGGAAUGGAAUGUAGGCAAAAGGAGGGCAUCAGAGUGGCAGAGAGCAGUGGCAUGUCAAAAAUAUUUAAAGAAAUUAUUGGAUGGAGACCAGUUUAAAGGGAACCAGUUGUGGUCUGUGAAGAAGAUUGUCUGCUGGUGUCGUCUGCAUGCUUAUAGCCCACAUUACAUGGAGAAGACACUGCAUCCAACAGGAGUGGAGUUUUCCAUGAAGGAGGUGAGGUUGGGAGAGAGAUUUAGCUCAGCAACAGACAAUUGUGACAUGAUUGUGGAAGUGGAACAGAUUAAUAGUAAACUGAGAACAGAGAGUUUGUCAGAGGAUGAGGUGGAUAUAGUGUCAAAUGAGCCCCCCAAACCAAAGAUUAAAGAGGAGCCUCAGGAGGAGACUUUUGAGCCCCAGGAUCCAGUCAUUCUACCAGCUUCUGCAAAUGCUCGCUUUGUUCAGGAUCUGACUCAAAAGAUUGGAGUUAAAUUUGAACCUUCUCCUGUACUGGAUGAUGUUUAUGGUUCAGUAUCAGAGGAUGUUGUUUAUAAGGCAAUGUUGUGCUUUGUUGAGGACAUUAUUACUGAGGCAUUUGCUUUCAAGGUUAAUAUGGGCAGGUAUCCUGAUGGCAUUGGGGUAGCAGAUGUGUAUAAGGCUCUGUCUGUUCUCCCACAAGCUGACUUCUUAACGAACAAACACCUGGGUGUCAAAGACAUAACCAGGUGACACAGGUGGUAAAUUGUCAAAAUGUGUUAAAGAGAUCUAUAAGACAUAUCAUUUAUAUACGUAAGCACCUAUGAAAUACUGAGCAUGAUUAAAUUACUUCAAUAUGCCAGAGUCUGCAUUAGAUUGUUGCCCUGUAGUUACAUUGUUGACUUGUUGUUACAUUGAAAUAGUAGAUAUUAUUUAUGGAGAGACCUCACAGCUUUCUGGGGUAUUGUUUACUGUUUAUCCAUGAGUGAUUUUCCACCAAAGAAAAUUUUGAUUUUAAAUAAACAAAAUUUCCUGACGUAUGAAUUUUCUGACAAGGGGGAAGAAUUUAUUGCUAAUAUUUCCUGUCAGCAGGGAACAGUUUUAUGUUCACUCUGAUGGAGGGAUUUAUUCAUUGAACUACUGGAACUUCAACAAUGAUUUGUAUCUUAGAGUACUACAGACUUUAAUUAGGCCUUACUUUGUAAUUUUUAGCCUCCCUAGAGUAUAGCUAGUCUCAAUGAGAAGGUACAACUCUUUGUCCUAGAAAAAUAACAACUAGGUCACCUCAAGUGACCAGUAUAUGCAAUGUUCAGUAGAGAAAGCAUUAAUAGAGGUCUAAAGCACUUACUAAGAAAGGUUGGUUAUGACUUUAGGACAAGUUCAUAUUAUUUCCACCCUAAGAAUUUCUUUAGAAGAGGGGGUGCCAGUAGUGUAGAAGGUUCAAGCAUUUUGCAUUCUCUUCUGUCAGUGAAUUGUUGUAUGAAAUUUUUAUUAAAAAGUGAUA